AUGGAAGACUUUGAUAAGAGUGAUAUUAACAAAGUUCGGAUGGCCGUGUCCAUCUUCGUCUCGGCCUAUACCCUCGUGGCCAUCAGCCUGGACCGCUACCUGGCCAUCAUCUACCCGCUGAGGCCCCGCAUGACACGCUGCCAAGCCAAGGGCAUCAUAGCGGGCGUGUGGGUCAUGGCUCUCGUCACCACCCUGCCCAUCGCUGUCUUCUCGCGCCUCGAUCCGACAGACCUCCGCAUCUAUCAGUGGUAUGGAAGGGAGGUUUGCCGCGAGGACUGGCCGAACGAGGUCUUGAGGAAGUACUACACGAUGAGUCUAAUGGUGCUGCAAUACUUCUUCCCGCUCCUCGUCAUCAUCUUCACGUAUUCGAGAAUCGUGCAAGAAUCGCGUGCAAGAAUCGCGUGCAAGGUGUGGGGGUGCCGAGCCAAGGGGUCACCUGAGCCAGCGUGCAGGUCGCAGAUGACGCUCGUGGCCUCACCGGAGACAGCACGAGGGUUACUGAGGAAGAAUGCCAGCGAUCACUCCCCGGCCAAGGUUCUGAUGGACUUCGUGGAGGAGGUGGAGUAUUGGUCACACAUGCCACACAUUUGGUUCGUCUGUCACUGGCUCGCAAUGUCCCACGCCUGCUACAACCCGCUCAUUCUCUGCUGGAUGAAUACAAAGUUCCGUGAGGGGUACCUGCUGGCCCUCUACCGCCUCCUGCCCUGCUGUCGCUCUCGUCUCUCCAACCACCUGCUGAAGCUACGCCACUCAGCAGGUCUUCAGCGCGCCCACACGUGUAGUACCAGAGUUUCAAGGACGCAGAGGUUAGUUUAG